AUGCCUGCUCCGACUGCGUUGCAGCGUAAGCCAGAAGACCUGGCGCAAGACGUCGCAAUCGAUAGCGCCCCAGUACCAGAGCUGAACAUACCGCAAGAACCACUACCAACCGAGAUUGACAUCUCGACAGAAGACCAGACACAGAUAUCGACACAUACACUGCAGCAGGAUGAUCAAGCUCAACAAGAAGACACCUCAAUGCAAAUAGACUCGGAAGGCAGACCACAUUUCCCCCCCUCAACCGAUACUAUUCUCUCAUCACCAAGCUCUCUCGCUCCAACUCUUGCCACCAAGAUACAGUCUCGAAAGGUACCCAUACCGCCUCACCGCCUCACACCACUCAAGUCAGCCUGGCCUAAAAUCUACCCACCACUAGUGGAACAUUUGAAGUUACAAGUUCGAAUGAAUGUCAAGUCAAAAGCUGUGGAACUGCGCACCUCAAGAUUCACAACCACAACAGAUUCACUGCAGAAAGGCGAAGAUUUCAUCCGGGCGUUUACACUAGGAUUCGAUGUUGACGAUGCCAUCGCACUACUCAGACUGGAUGAUUUGUACAUUGAGACGUUCGAGAUUAAGGACGUGAAGACCUUGAACGGAGAGCAUCUAUCGAGAGCCAUAGGUCGAAUUGCAGGAAAGGAUGGAAAGACUAAAUUUGCAAUUGAGAACACGAGCAAGACGAGAGUGGUGUUGGCUGAUAGCAAAAUACAUAUUCUUGGUGGAUUUCAGAACAUCAGGAUAGCAAGAGAAGCGGUUGUGAGUCUGAUUCUUGGUGCGCCACCAGGCAAGGUAUAUGGAAACUUAAGGACUGUAGCAGGGCGCAUGAAGGAGAGAUUCUGA